AUGCCCUUUGGGCUGACGAACGGCCCUGCAAUCUUUCAAUGCUUUAUCAACGACUGCCUGAGGGAUAUCCUGGACAUCUACUGCAGUUCGUACGCCGACGACAUCCUGAUCUAUUCAGAGUCGGCCGAGGAAAACGUGCGCCAGACCGAGGAAGUCAUUCGACGACUGGCAGCGGCAGGCCUACAGGGUGACAUCAAGAAGAGCUCCUUUUGCGUCACCGAGGUGGAUUACCUCGGGCUGGUGAUUAAGGCGGGGGAAGGUAUCGCCCUUGACCCUAAGAAUAAACAGGCCAUCCUUGAGUGGAGGCUGUCGGACCUAAAAUCUACGAAAGCCAUCCGAUCUUUCCUCGGAUUGGUUAACUUUGUCCGACGCUUCUCGAAAGAAGUAAGCGAGCUGGCGCACCCGCUCAACGAGCUCCUGAAGAAAGGGGCAAUCUUCAAGAUCGGCAAGCAAGAGGAAGCGGCUUUUGAGGCACUCAAGGAAGCCCUGGUCCGAGCUCCCGGAAUGGGCUUCUGGAAGAUAGGCGCCCCAACUCGGUAG